UAGGGGAGGAAGGGAGAAAAACCCUAUUCCCUCUUGUGGAUGCUUCUCUGAUAGUGGAAAGAAUAUUAUUAUGAAGAGCUGAUUAAUAUUGGAGCUGGAGGGACGGUGUGGAUAAUCCCUGCAGGAAAACCUUGUGGCUACACAGUCAUUUAGAAUAUUUGGAAGUGAGAUAGAGAAGCAGGAUUUCUGAUCUCCUCUCCCCAGUGCAGGGAGAGACUUGGUUUAUUCCGGCUGCAGAAGCAAAGAGCUGUUCAAUGUAGUGGGGUUUUCUUUGCAAGAAUACCUGACCUCCUUUUCCAGAGAUUCCCACAGAAUCUGCCAUGAGAACCAUCUCUGGAUGGCUGAAGUGGGGGCACAGGACAGGGUGCAGCUGCGCAUCCAGAAGGAUAUGGGGGGCAUGGUGGGUUUUGGGGCUCCUGGAAGUGCAAAGUUGGAGCAGACUGGUCUUCAUCAGCUUUGGGCUAUUGGCUGCAUCAGCAACGGGUCAGAAUUGCAGUUUCACUCAUCAAGAACCAAAUGGAACCGUAGAAAGUCCAGGUUUCCCAUAUGGAUAUCCAAAUUAUGCCAAUUGCACUUGGACUAUUAGUACAGAAGCGCAAAAUCGAAUACAGUUGUGGUUCCAUUCAUUUGCCUUAGAAGAAGAUUUUGAUGUCCUAUCUGUAUAUGAUGGAGAGCUAACAGCUGAAAACCUAAGAACAAGGUUAACGGGUUUUCAUCUUCCAGCUCCAAUUGUGAGUAGUGGAAAUCGCCUCACUCUGUGGAUGGUGUCGGACUACGCAGUCAGUGCUCAAGGUUUCCGCUCUACCUAUGAAGUCUUGCCAAGCCACACAUGUGGAAAUCCUGGACGGCUACAGAACGGCUUGCAACAGGGGACAUCAUUUAACGUAGGAGACAAGGUCCGCUACAGCUGCAAUGUUGGGUAUAUACUUGAAGGACAUGCCUUGCUAACCUGCGUAUCAAGCUCCCAGAACAGCGCCUCUUGGGAUUUUCCACUUCCUACCUGCAGAACGGAUGAUGCAUGCGGAGGAACGUUGAGAGGCCAAAGUGGAAUCAUCACAAGUCCUCAUUUCCCAUCGGAAUACAAUAAUAAUGCUGACUGCACAUGGACAAUCCUUGCAGAGGUUGGAGAUACAAUUGCUUUGAUCUUCACAGACUUUCAGUUAGAAGAUGCGUAUGACUACCUGGAAGUCACAGGAACAGAAGGCUCAUCUCUCUGGUUUACAGGAUACAGUUUACCACCCCCAGUCAUCAGCAGCAAGAACUGGCUACGAAUUCACUUUACAUCAGAUGGUAAUCAUAGACAGAAGGGUUUCAGUGCGCAAUACCAAGUGAAAAAACAAAUGGAGAUGAAAUCGAGAGGAGUCAAGCUUCUCCCCAACAAGGACAGCAACCAGAAGACAUCAGUGUUAACGCAGGUGGGUGUUUACCAAGGACACCACUUGUGUCCCGACCCAGGAACUCCUGAACAUGGAAAAAGAAUAGGUUCUGAUUUCAGGCUUGGAUCCAGCAUCCAGUUCCUGUGCAAUGAUGGGUAUGAUCUGCAAGGUUCCAAAAGCAUCAGCUGCAUGAAAGUGAGCGACAUGUUUGCUGCUUGGAGUGAUCACCGACCUAUUUGCAGAGCAAGAAUGUGUGAUGCUCAUCUUCGCGGACCAUCUGGGAUUAUCACAUCCCCUAACUAUCCAGUCCAGUAUGACAGCAAUGCGCUCUGUGUCUGGAUUAUUACAGCCAUCAACCCAUCUAAGGUGAUCAAGUUGACAUUUGAAGAAUUUGAGCUGGAAAGAGGGUAUGACACUCUGACCGUCGGAGAUGGGGGAAAGGCAGAGGACCAAAAGUCUGUACUCUAUGUACUGACGGGUGCUAGCGUUCCUGAUCUGAUAGUGAGCUCCAACCACCAGAUGUGGCUUCUCUUCAGGACUGACUCUUCAGGGAGUAGCUUGGGUUUUAAGGCUUCUUAUGAAGAAAUAGACCAAGGGAGCUGCGGGGAUCCAGGAAUUCCAGCAUUCGGAACGAGAGAAGGUUCAAGAUUCCGACAUGGAGACACUUUGGUAUUCCGGUGCCAGCCAGCAUUUGAGCUGGUUGGACAGUCGACAAUCACAUGCCAAAAGAACAGCCAGUGGUCUGCCAGAAAACCUAGUUGUGUGUUUUCAUGCUUCUUUAAUUUCACCACCCCAUCUGGAAACGUUCUGUCUCCAAACUACCCAGAAGAAUACAGCAAUCACCUGCACUGUGUGUGGUUGAUCAUAGCCAAGCCUGAGAGCCGAAUCCACUUGGCAUUCAAUGACUUUGACGUUGAACCCCAGUUUGACUUCCUAGCAGUAAAAGAUGGAGGCUCUCCGGAAUCACCUGUCUUGGGCACUUUCUCAGGGAACCAAGUACCACCUUCAUUGACAAGCAGCGGUCAUGUGUUAAGACUGGAGUUCCAGACUGACCAUUCCACUGAAAAGCGGGGAUUUAAUAUCACAUUUACCACUUUCAGACACAAUGAAUGCCCUGAUCCUGGCGUACCAGUGAAUGGAAAGAGGUUUGGAGAGAGCUUGCAGCUGGGAAACUCAGUGUCCUUCCUAUGUGAUGAUGGCUUUAUCCGGACACAUGGCUCAGAAACCAUCACCUGUAUCUUAAAAGAAGGAAAUGUUGUCUGGAACAGCGCAGUACUGAGAUGUGAAGCCCCAUGUGGUGGACACCUGACUGCUCCGAGUGGAAUGAUUCUGUCCCCUGGGUGGCCUGGGUUCUACAAGGACUCCUUGAACUGUGUUUGGGUACUUGAAGCGCAGCCUGGGUACCCCAUAAAAAUCACAUUUGACAAGUUCAAGACUGAAGUAAAUUAUGACACCCUGGAGGUGAGAGAUGGAAAGUCUUAUUCUUCCCCAUUGAUUGGGGUCUAUGACGGGACACAGGUUCCCCAGUUCCUGAUCAGUACCAGCAACUUCCUCUAUCUCCUCUUCAGCACUGACAAAAGCCACUCCGAUGUUGGGUUCCAAAUUCGAUAUGAAACUGUAAAACUGCAGUCAGAUCACUGUCUUGAUCCAGGAAUCCCAGUCAAUGGUCAGAGACAUGGCAAUGAUUUUUAUGUUGGAGCUCUUGUGACUUUCAGCUGUGAUUCAGGUUACACCCUCAGUGAUGACCAGGCACUGGAAUGUGAGCCCAACUUUCAGUGGAGCAGGCCACUGCCAAGCUGUGAAGCUCUUUGUGGAGGUUAUAUCCAAGGAUCAAGUGGAACAAUCCUAUCUCCUGGUUUUCCUGAUUUUUACCCCAAUAACUUGAAUUGUACCUGGACUAUAGAAACUUCCCAUGGGAAAGGUGUAUUCUUCACCUUCCACACCUUUCACCUAGAGAGCGGACAUGAUUUUCUACUCAUCACAGAGAAUAGUAGUUUCAGCCAGCCACUAAAACGUCUCACUGGGUCAAGACUACCGGCUCCUAUUAGUGCUGGGCUGUAUGGAAACUUCACGGCACAACUUCGCUUUCUGUCAGACUUUUCCAUGUCUUAUGAAGGUUUUAAUGUCACUUUUUCAGAAUAUGAUCUGGAGCCAUGUGAUGAGCCUGAAGUCCCAGCCUACAGCAUCCGUAGUGGUCUACAAUUUGGAGUUGGUGAUUCUUUGUCAUUCUCCUGCUUCCCCGGAUACCGCCUGGAAGGAGCUUCUCGUAUCACCUGCCUGGGAGGUAGACGGCGUGUGUGGAGUUCGCCUCUCCCAAGGUGUGUUGCUGAGUGUGGAGCAUCAGUCACUGGAACCCAAGGUGUCCUGUUGUCCCCCAACUACCCAGCCAACUAUAGCAACCACCAUGAGUGCAUCUACUCCAUCCAGAGCCAACCUGGGAAAGGUGUACAGCUGAGAGCACGGGCAUUUGAUCUUGCGUCUGGAGACUACAUUAAGGUUUAUGAUGGGCACAAUAAUUCUGCUCGACUUCUUGGAAAGUUUAGCCUUUCCGAGAUGCUGGGACGGAGUCUGAACAGCACGUCUAGUGCAUUGUGGUUGGAGUUCAUCACUGAUGCAGGAAAUACCAGUAAAGGAUUUGAGCUGUAUUAUUCCAGUUUUGAGUUGAUUAAAUGUGAGGACCCAGGGACACCACUCUAUGGCUACAAGGACAGAGAUGAGGGGCAUUUUGCAGGAAGUUCGGUCUCUUUCAGCUGUGAUCCUGGUUACAGCUUACGUGGCAGUCGCGUUUUAGUGUGCUUGACUGGAGAACGCAGAGUCUGGGACCAGCCGCUCCCCUUGUGCGUAGCGGAGUGUGGAGGUCAAAUCCGAGGAGAUAAAGUGGGCAGAGUAUUGUCUCCAGGGUAUCCUGCACCCUAUGAUCACAACCUCAAUUGUGUAUGGGUUAUUGAAGCAGAUGCUGGCUGUACCAUUGGAUUACACUUCACUGUUUUCCACACUGAGGACGUUCAUGAUGUUCUGAGGAUAUGGGAUGGGUCUAUGGAGAGUGGUAUUCUCAUGAAGGAGUUGAGCGGUUCCACUUUGCCUCCGGACAUACACAGCACUUUCAGUUCUGUAACUUUGCAAUUCAAUACUGACUUCUUCACCAGCAAACAAGGAUUUUCCAUCCAUUACUCAGUUACCACAGCUACUUCCUGUAAUGAUCCCGGAAUACCUCAAAAUGGAAGCCGCAGUGGGGACAGUCGUGAUGCUGGGGACUCCAUUGUGUUCCAGUGUGACCCAGGAUACCUUUUAGAAGGUGAAGCCAAGAUCAACUGUGUUCAGAUUGCAGACAGGUUUUAUUGGAACCCCAAUCCUCCAGUCUGCAUUGCUCCAUGUGGUGGAAAUUUAACUGGACCAACAGGGGUGAUCCUGUCUCCUCAAUACCCUGAGCCUUACCCACCAUUAAAAGAAUGUGACUGGAAGCUGACCGUGUCUUCUGACUAUGUGAUCGCACUCUCAUUUAACAUUUUUAAUCUUGAGCCUGGUUAUGAUUUUCUGCACAUCUACGAUGGCCCGGACUCGCUGAGCCCACUAAUAGGAAGUUUUUAUGGCUCCCAGCUUCCUGACAGGAUAGAGAGCAGCAGCAACAAUUUGUUCAUCGCAUUUCGCAGUGAUGCUUCUGUGAGCAGCGGAGGUUUCGUCAUUGACUACACAGAGAAUCCCAGAGAGUCUUGUUUUGACCCAGGAGCAAUAAAAAAUGGCACUCGUGUUGGGAGUGACCUAAAACUUGGUUCUACUGUAACUUACUAUUGCGAUAGUGGCUAUGAGGUUGACGGAGCAUCCACUCUAACAUGUGUGAUGGGAGGAGAUGGAAAGCCAAUCUGGAACUUCCCACGUCCUACAUGUAUAGCCCCCUGUGGAGGACAGUAUAUCAGCCAGGAUGGGGUCAUUCUUUCCCCUAAUUACCCCAGUAACUAUACGUCUGGACAGAGCUGUUCUUAUUUUAUUGUUGUUCCGAAAGAUUAUGUGGUUUUUGGGCAGUUCACCUUCUUCCAGACAGCUCUCAAUGAUGUAGUUGAAGUCCACGAUGGGGCCAAUGAACAAGCUCGUCUUCUUAGCUCUCUCUCUGGAUCUCAUACUGGUGAAUCUCUACCUCUUGCAACUUCCAAUCAGAUUUUAAUUAAGUUCAGUGCCAAGGGACAGGCGACAGCCAAAGGAUUUCAUUUUGUGUACCAAGCUGUUCCUCGUACUAGUGCCACUCAGUGUAGCUCAAUACCUGAACCCAAGUAUGGACGCCGCAUUGGCAAUGACUUCUCAGUUGGAGCCAUUGUCCGUUUUGAGUGCAUACCGGGCUAUGCAUUGCAGGGCUCCAAGAAUAUUGAAUGUCAGGCAGUGAUUGGAGCCCUGGCCCAGUGGAACACUUCAGUGCCAUCUUGUGUGGUGCCUUGUGGAGGGAAUCUGACUGAACGCAAAGGAACCAUCCUGUCUCCAGGCUUCCCUGAGCCAUACUUAAACAGUUUAAACUGUGUAUGGAAAAUCACUGUCCCGGAAGGAGCAGGGAUCCAGAUCCAGGUUAUUAGCUUUGGUACAGAACAAAAUUGGGACUCGCUGGAAGUCUUUGAUGGAGGAGACAACACGGCCACCAUGCUGGGAAGUUUUUCAGGAACCACAGUACCAGCAUUGCUGAACAGCACGUCAAACCACCUCUACUUGCACUUCUUCUCUGAUAUCAGCGUGUCUGCAGCUGGCUUUCAUCUGGAAUACAAAACUGUAGGCCUUGCCAGUUGCCCAGAACCAGCCAUUCCCAGUAAUGGAGUGAAAUCUGGAGAAAGAUACCUUGUGAAUGAUGUGGUCUCCUUCCAAUGUGAACCAGGAUAUACCCUACAGGGCCAUUCACAUAUUUCAUGUAUGCCAGGGACAGUAAGACGCUGGAAUUAUCCACCUCCUCUGUGUAUUGCACAAUGUGGAGGAGUAACAGAAGACAUGGAAGGUGUUAUACUGAGCCCUGGAUUCCCAGGAAACUACCCUAGUAAUUUGGACUGCACCUGGAAGAUCUCCUUACCGGUGGGAUUUGGAGCACACAUCCAGUUUCUCAGUUUCUCAAGUGAAGCCAAUCAUGACUUUGUGGAGAUCCGCAAUGGCCCACAUGAAACCAGUAGUGUUAUUGGGCGGUUUAGUGGGUCAGAGACACCUGGCAACCUCCUUUCUACAUCCCAUGAAACCUCAAUAUACUUCCACAGUGACCACUCUCAGAACAAACCAGGUUUUAAACUUGAGUAUCAAGCCUAUGAGCUUCAAGAGUGUCCAGAUCCAGAACCAUUUUCUCAUGGUGUAGUUCGAGGAGCAGGCUACAAUGUUGGACAAUCCAUCUCCUUUGAGUGUACUCCUGGUUACCAGUUAAUUGGUCAUCCAGUUUUGACAUGCCAGCAUGGCACCAACAGAAACUGGGAUCACCCAUUUCCUAGGUGUGAAGUUCCAUGUGGAGGGAAUGUCACUGCCUUCAAUGGUUCCAUCUAUUCUCCUGGCUUCCCUAACCAAUAUCCAAAUUCUCUGGAUUGUUCCUGGAUCAUUACUGUUCCAGUAGGAUAUGGAAUUCAUAUGAACUUCACUAUCCUGGAGACAGAACCUCUGAAUGAUCACAUCACUAUCUGGGAUGGUCCCUAUCAAACAGAUCCUCAGCUGGGUGUUUUCUCCAGCAGUUCGAAUAAGAGAUUUACUAUGAGCUCCUCCAAUGAAGUCUUUAUCACUUUUCACAGCAAUGCUGCCAAUGGCGGAAUCUUUGCUUUGUACUUCUAUGGAUACCGACUUCGGAAAUGUAAGCCUCCAAUGACAGUGCCAAAUGGAGAGGUUCUGUCAGGAAGUGAGGAGUUCCUAAUGGGGGACAUUGUACGUUAUAAAUGCCUCCCAGGAUUUACAUUGAUGGGGCCUGAGAUUUUGAUAUGUCGGCUUGGAACUCGCUUGCAGUUUGAAGACCCACCUCCAACCUGUGAAGUACUCUGCCCAGUCAAUGAAAUCCUAACAGACUCCACUGGAGUAAUUCUCAGCCAAAGUUAUCCCGGCACUUACCCUCAAUUUCAGACAUGUUCCUGGCUUAUUAAAGUUGAAGCUGGAUACAACGUGACACUGACAGUGGAAUAUUUUCUCAGUGAAAAGCAGUAUGAUGAAUUUGACAUUUUUGAUGGACCAUCUGGUCAGAGCACUUUGCUUACAUCUUUGAGCGGCAACUAUUCAGCCCCCAUGACCUUCACAAGUACAGGAAACAAGGUUCUUUUACGGUGGCUGUCUGACCAUGCAUAUAGCAGAAAGGGUUUUAAGAUACGCUAUUCAGCCGCAUACUGUAGUCUCCCUCGUCCUCCUCUCCAUGGCUCUGUACUGGGUCCUGUCAUCAAUCCCCCUGGAGGAGUAGUGCGGUUCACUUGCAAUCCUGGCUAUCGGCUUAUUGGAAUUAACUCAGCUACAUGCCUACGCCGUCCUCAAGGCUAUUAUGACUGGAACUCAGAGGUGCCAUUAUGUCAGGCUAUGUUUUGUGGAGUCCCAGCUGCUCCUAAGAAUGGAGUGGUAUUUGGAAAGGAGUACACUGUAGGUACCAAGGCUCUGUAUGAAUGCAAUGAAGGACACCAUCUCUUGAAUCCUGAAGAUACAGUUGCAGAGUGUCUACCUUCUGGGCACUGGAGCAAUGGCAACAACCCACCACAAUGUGUAGCUGUCACAUGUCCAGAAAUCAACAGCCUGAACACAGAACAUGGUCGCUGGCGUCUUAUUCAUAAAACUCAGUAUCAGUAUGGAGCUGAGCUCAUGUUAAUAUGUGACCCCGGCUACUACUACAUGGGACCUCGCAUUAUCCGUUGUCAAGCCAAUGGAUCGUGGAGUGUGGGGGAAAAUGUGCCAACCUGCAACAUUAUUUCCUGUGGGGACCUGCCAACGCCAGCUAAUGGAAAUAAAAUUGGUAUGCUGACCCAGUAUGGUGCGACUGCCAUCUUUGCCUGUAAUAGUGGCUACACCCUGGUGGGGUCCCGUGUGCGCGAAUGUAUGGCAAAUGGAUUGUGGAGUGGACAAGAAGUCAAGUGCUUGGCUGGUCACUGUGGGACCCCAGAACCUAUAGUAAAUGGCAUGAUUAAUGGGCAGAAUUAUAAUUAUCGAGACAGCGUGGUAUACCAAUGCAAUGCCGGCUUCAGAUUGAUUGGAAAAUCUGUCAGGAUAUGUCAGCAGGACCAUCGAUGGUCAGAAAGGUCCCCCAUCUGUGUUCCAAUAACAUGUGGACAUCCUGGCAAUCCGGGAAAUGGAAUAACUCAGGGAUCCCAGUUUAACCUUAAUGACAUGGUGAAGUUUGGAUGCAAUCCUGGGUAUGUCCUAGAGGGUGUUACUCAAGCUCAGUGCCAAGCCAAUGGACAGUGGAGUUAUGCCCUGCCAACAUGCAGAAUCUUAAACUGUACAGACCCUGGACAUGUUGAGAAUGGCCUCAGACGGGUUCUACAGAAAGGUCCAGAUCGAUUCAGCUUUGGUACAUCCGUCUCCUAUGAAUGCAGCCAUGGUUACUAUUUAAUGGGAACACAUGUUCUUUCCUGCCAGGGAGAUGGCACUUGGGACCAAGAUCUCCCCAGCUGCCAUUUGAUCUCUUGUGGUUCCCCUGGCCUUCCACCAAAUGCCCAGUUAUCAGGAAGAAGAUACACAGUGGAUUCUGUAGUCCAGUAUAGCUGCCUUGGCAAGCGAACCCUUAUUGGUAAUUCCACCCGUAUUUGCCAGGUGGAUGGGCGAUGGAGUGGCUUCUUACCUCACUGCUCAGGUGGCAGUGCCAGUGAGUGCGGGGACCCCGGCGUGCCAUCCCAUGGACUUCGACAAGGCAAUGAGUUUACCAUUGAUAACAUAGUGCGGUUCAGUUGUGAAGCUGGAUACAUCCUACGGGGGUCUGCAGAAAGAAAAUGUCUGUUCAAUGGUUCAUGGAAUGGAUUCCAGCCAGAGUGUGAAGUGGUUUCAUGUGGGAACCCAGGAACCCCCAGCAACUCACGGGUGAUAUUUAAUGAUGGCCUAGUAUUCUCCAGCUCCAUUGUAUAUGAGUGUCGUGAGGGUUACUACUACAGUGGACCUCUAAGAAGGGACUGCACUGUUAAUGGUACAUGGUCUGGCACCUCUCCUGAGUGUACAGUAAUCAACUGUGGGGACCCUGGAACUCCAGCUAAUGGUAUCCGCCUGGACAAUGACUUUCGUUACAAUCAAACAGUGUCAUUCCAGUGUUUGCCUGGAUAUAUGAUGGAAUCAGACCGAGCGAAAACACUAUACUGUACAAAAGAUCGCACCUGGAAUGGAACAAAACCAGUCUGUAAAGCUAUCACAUGCCCACCUCCUCCAACUAUCCCUAAUGGGAAGGCAGUGGGAUCAGACUUUCUGUGGGGUUCCAGCCUUUCAUACACUUGUUCAGAAGGGUAUCAGCUGUCCUUACCAGCCAUCUUGACAUGUGAGAGCAACAGGACCUGGGUAGGAGAAGUUCCACAAUGCUUCCCUGUGUUCUGUGGAGAUCCUGGCACGCCUGCUCAUGCUCGAAGAGGGGACAGAGGCUUCAGCUACCGGUCAUCCAUAACUUUUUCAUGCCCCCCUCCUCUGGUCUUGGUGGGAUCCUCAAGAAGGAUAUGUCAAUCAGAUGGCACAUGGAGUGGGACUCAGCCAAGCUGCAUCGAUCCCUCCCAUACAUCCUGCUCUGACCCAGGGCUCCCAACAUUCGGAAUGCAGAACAGCUCUCAAGGGUUCCAGGUUGGUAGCACCGUAUUAUUUAAGUGUCAGAAAGGGUACCUGCUACAAGGCUCUACUACACGGACCUGUCUCCCAAACUUGACUUGGAGUGGGGUGCAGCCAGAGUGCAUUCCCCACAACUGCAGACAACCUGAGACGCCUCCUCAUGCCAAUGUGGGAGCAUUAGAUCUUCCAUCUUUAGGCUACACCUUGAUUUAUACUUGCCAGUCUGGUUAUUAUCUGACAGGAGGUUCUGAACAUAGAACCUGCAGAGUGGAUGGGAGCUGGACAGGAAAGCCACCUGUAUGCCUUGCUGAUUUAAGGCCCAGUGGAAACCCUAUUUCUCCAGCUAAGGAACCUCCUAUCCAAAAAACUUCAGUCCCUGCAGAUGUUUUCGCUAAGGAUUCGCUUUGGAAAGGAUCUUAUGAAUAUCAAGGAAGAAAGCAGCCAGCAAUGCUUACAGUAACCAGUUAUGAGGUUGUGAGCAGUAAAGUUAAUGCUACCAUGAUUGAUCAUAGUGGGGUAGAGCUUCAAGUGUCUGGUGUUUUCAAAAAGGAAGAAUUCCAUCUCCUUCUCCAGGCUUACCAGAUUCGAGGACCAAAGGACAUUGUCAUGGAGAAGUUUAAGAUGGAGAGCUGGGCCUUGGACGGACAUGUGUCAUCUGAAUCUGCAGGAGGAACGUAUGUUUAUCAGGGAUUUGUGCGUGGGAAAGGAUUUGGCCAGUUUGGACUUCAAAGGAUAGACAGGAGAUUACUAGAAAAUAGUCCCGACACUAUAGGACAUUUCCCAUCCAAUAGCAGUUCAGUGGCAGCUGCUAUCCUUGUGCCUUUUAUAGCUCUCAUUAUUGCUGGUUUUGUCCUAUAUCUCUACAAACACAGAAGACCCAAGGUUCCAUUUAAUGGGUUUGCCGGACAUGAAAAUACGAAUGGUCGGGCCACAUUUGAGAAUCCUAUGUAUGAGCGAAAUGUCCAGCCCACAGAAAUUGUGGCAAAUGAGACAGAGUUUACGGUCAGCACAGUGUGCACUGCUGUAUAGCACCCGCCCUUUACAGUGAACUGGGUUUACUUGGAGUCUCCAUCCUCUCUUUCCCUUGCCCUGCACAUCAUCAGUGGGCAGCUGAUUUCACCAGUGCCACUUCUAGCCUCACCAUUUUUGAUGACAUCCAAUGUGUGCCGGGCUGGUGGACUCAGGAGAAACCAGAAGCAUACCCUAUGUACCAAGAUGAAGUAAUGGUAACGGCAGACAACACACCCUCUCUGCACCAAUCUGCUAGAGUCUUAUGGAGCCUUGGCAACUGGGUGUCUCAUAACAUGUGGCAAGGCUGGCAACUCAAGAGGUCCUUAUCCUCCAGGGACACCGUGCAAGUGCUUUUAUACCGAACUUGUAUACAUGCAAUGUUGGUUGGAAGUGGAUAUAAACAAAUCUAUAUAUACAAAUAUACAUAUUUUUAUUCUGCAAAGAACCAGUUCCAAAAAGUGCUUUCCCUCCAUUCUUCUCUGCCUGACCCCUGCAGCAUACAACAGACUGCGUGGCGUUGGUAGGAAGGGGGAGCGCAGCCUUACAACCAAGCCCAAAGUUGGCAUUUUUGUUUUAAACCGGCCAACACUUGAAGGAAAAUUGUUUAUCAAUUCAGCUCAAAACUAGCCCUUCUUAGUGGUCACCUAAGCACAUUGGUGCUUGCCGUUCCAGCUGAAGUUUCAACCAACCUAAAAUUCCACUUUACAUUAUUCUGGAAAUUUUCCCGCAUUACUGUACCUCAAAGUCACGUUCAGUAGGAUGUUUGAGUUUUUCUGAGCAAUGCAUUGCAGGUCCUUAAAAUUUAUUACUGCUUUUCCUUGUUAUUAAAAUGCAUUUCAGGUUCACAUUAUUGUGAUUAAAGGGACCCUUGCCAAAAUGAACUUUACAGGAGACCUUAUGAAGAAUGUUCCUGACUUGGACAUUCGAAUGUUCUUCUGUGUGCCGCUGAGGGAGGGAGACUAGUCAUGUGUCACCUUCUGUAGUUAAAAAAAACCUCCUUCAAUGACAAUGAAUGAAAUUCAGAUUUUUUUGAAUGUUAUGUUAUACCAGGCUACAUCAUAUCACCAACACUUCAGUCAUACAUAUGUUUAUGUUUUCAGCUUUUAAAUUGGACAUGUGCAGUAUGAUAUGAAUUCUACCAAAAAUGGUUCCCAAACCCUGCCCUUUAGUAGGAUGUCAGAUGUUAGAAGCAGUUACUACUAAAGGAACCAAUAUUGAUCCUUUUCUAAACAAUCACUUGGUAGUCUCCAGAAACACAUUUUAUUGCCUGGUUUUUAUUACUGUGCUACUCUUCAUGCUAAAACCAUUGACUACCUCUUCUGUUAUUGUGUGCUGAACUGUUUGCAGCAUUUCUAUGUGUCUCCUGACACCGUCUGGGUACAAGCAUUCAUAGUUCUUUUUAGCAUUUUGUGACAAUUCUCAUUUUAUUUUUGUCAUAUGCAUAACUGAAACUUGUGAAUAAUUUGGUAUUCUGAGCCUACAAAAUUAACUGAAUCUGCAACUAUAGUGUUACAAAUAGGAUACCACAAAUAUUUCAGUUUGGCGUGAAGUUCCUUCUUGUGCAAUGUAUAAAUGUGGCCAGCUUUUAAGAAACAAGUGCCAACACUAUCUGCUACUUACUAACCAGAGAAUGCCUGGAGUCAGAGUUUCAGCAGACUCACAGGGUGGGCACCUCUGGCAGAUGUAAUGUUUGGCACUAUAGCCCACCUCUAUGGAGAUGACCUGGCAUGGCUUGUGUACCCCCAUAUGUGUCCCUGCAAUGCAUUGCUACAUUUUACUGUACAAUUAUACCUUUCUGUUGGCAGUUGUACCAUCAGCCAACGGAUUAAACUUUACUGUAGUGUCACAGGGAUAUGCUGUACAGGCACAUGUAGCAGUUUCUAUUGCACUUGUUAAUGAACAGAUGAGAAAAAGUUGAAUGUAGCCGGUAUAUUUAUUUAUAUUUAAAUAUUUUGUUUGUCUACUGAGAUUAACACAGAAAUCAAGAAUGAAAGGGAUAAGUGCAGUGCCACUAUGUCUUUAGAAUUGGAGUUUCUGCCUGUUUUAAGUAACAUAGAAUAAUGACUGAUACACAAUAUGGCUAGAAUGUUCGGAGUCUCAUAGCUCCCAUUGUAUUCUUAUGCUUAAUAAAUCAGAUGCAUAAACUUUGUGUUCUAGCUAUACCUAAACAAGCAGAAAUGGCCAUUUCUAUUCAAAGUAAAUAAAAUGUUUAGCAACUUGUUCUAUUGGUGCUUUAACCUCUUUGCACAACACAGUUGAGCCGACUGCGGUAUACGGCAGAUAUGCAGAUGGUGAACUUACCUAGCUCGGGUUUUCAAUGAGGCUACUCUCUUUCUCCCUGUCCGUUCCCAACUCCUCCAGUCUGAAAUGCAAACAUUAUCAGGACUAGCGAAAUAGCUCAUUGCUUUGCCAAUGGCCUCCCCUUUGCGACCCACUUACUACCAGUGGAAAGGACAAACAGAAUAAAUAGACUAUUUUGUACAGAGAUAUAUUUUUAUGAAGAUAAUUUGUACAGGUUAAAAAAAAUAUAGAAAUUAAAAAAAUCUAAAUGAAACUGAAACCUUUAUGUCCUAUUUGGAUUAUUGUAUCCUAUGGUAGUGAUGAGCUUUUUUGUAAAUGUAAAAAUGUACAAAUGCCUUGUUUACAGAAGAUGACUGUAUAUAUGUAAUCUAUACACACUUUGGCUUGUCUGCAAUAUAAACUGUUUAAUUUAUGUGUCUCUGUAUAUGAGGCUUUCUUUUUGUUCAAUUUGCCUUUUAAUUUUCAUGAUUUUGAAAAGCUAUUUUAAAUUUUUGGAAUUCAAAUUAAAUCUAAAUUUUUGCAUUG